UAAGUGUCAUGGUGUUUUCUUAAGACAGAAACAAAGAAAUCAAGGGUAAGGCCAAUUUAAUAGGAGCGCGUGGUACCUGUGCCACCGGUUGUGACCGCCGCAAGAAAAGCGUAAUAACAGGUGGCUCCGCGUCGCGGCAGGUGGAUCAAUUCCUUUUUUUUCUCUUUUUUCAUCUUUCCUGUACGGUGUACGUUCCCCCAUUGUUUUCGAGCGAUGCACACAGUACCUGACAGGGCGUAUCGAAAGCAUCGUGUCCGAAACUCUAUCCGUGAUCGUGCGAGCUACAAGUGUCAGUAGGAGGGACGGAGGAAAUACGAUGAUUUCGAGAGGAAACAUAUAACGAUAGAUGCAAUUGAUUGCAUCGCUCUCUUGUCGGACAGGUAGAGGUUAUAUAGCUUGCGUUAUUAUUCAGUGUGCAGUAUAUACACGCAUGAAAGCUCGUGGCUGUGGUAAAAUAAAGGACGAAAUAAUGCCGCCGUCAUCCCAUACGAAUUGGACUAAGCCUUUACUGAAAAGUAGACAAACAAUGCAGAUGCAGGCGAAACGGACGACGACGUGUACUGCACAGAAUCAAAAUUCAAACGGCAGUGGCACGGACCACAGUGCCACUCCACUCGAUAGGAGAAUUAAAGUUGUUCUAGUAGGUGAUGGUGCCGUUGGAAAAACCAGUCUCGUUGUUUCUUAUUCGACGAACGGAUUCCCUGGGGAAUAUGUGCCCACUGCUUUCGAUAAUUACAAUGUGGUAGUUAAUGUUGAUGGUCAACCAUUAAAUGUUCAACUAUGCGACACAGCAGGUCAAGAUGACUUUGAUCCUUUGCGAUCAUUGUGCUAUCCAGAAACUGAUGUGUUCCUAGUCUGCUUCAGCGUAGUAUGCCCAUCUUCUUAUCAUAGCGUAGCUUCAAGGUGGAUUUAUGAAAUAAGAAAAUAUUGCCCAAAUGCACCUAUUAUUUUGGUAGGGACAAAGAGUGACUUAAGGUCAGAUGUACAUGUUAUGUUACAAUUAGCAAGAUAUAGUCAAACAUCGAUUACAACUUCUGAAGGACAUCAAUUAGCUCAAAGAGUGGGUGCCGUAAGUUAUGUAGAAACAUCUGCGUUGACUCAACAUGAUCUUAAAGAAGCAUUCGAUCAAGCAAUAGUUAGUGCUCUUAAUACACGACGAGGUGGUGCUAGUUUAUUAUAUAGGCGUAGAAAACCUUUACCAUUAUGGCGCAGAUGGUUAUGUUGUUGGGAAAGGCCUUCAAGCGGUGCAUAAAUAUUAUAAUUAUUAGACUCUCUAGAAUAUCCUCUGUGAUCAAGUACGGCUACUCUGUUAUCGGAAUUUUCUAAUCCUUAUUAAUAUUAAAAUUUUAUGAAUUGAUAUUCAAUUUUGUUAUCCAAGGAAAAGGUAUUUGUGCAAGAACGCUUACUUUAUUUAUUGCAUUAUCAAAUAUCUCAAAUUAAUCACAUUUUAAUUAUUAGAAAAAAUUGUAACAAAUGCAAAUUUCAAAAUUUACUCAAGUAUAUUUUGUUCUGUAUAAUGAUAAAGCUAUGAUAUUUUAUGAUGAAUAUGUUUUCUCUAGAAGUUUAGGGAUCUUUAGAUUCUGAUAGCUACAUCGUAUGCCGUUCGUAAAAUUCCUGAAGCCAAACAUGGCAUAAUUUAUUACAAUAUUAAUCAUAUUUUUGUUACUAGUAUGUAAUUGGCUACUUGCCGGUUGUGAUUUUUUCUUUACAUGUAAGAUCAUUAAUUUUAGAACUCUAAUAAGUAUGUCACUAUUGCAUUAUUUUUAUUAUUAUUAUUAUUAUUUUUAUUAUUACUACUACAUCACAUAAAUAAUACUUAAUUCUGCAUUUUUUCUAAUGUAAAAUUUAUGUCAGAUAAAACAGACUGAUAUAGCAGAUAUGAAUCUUCAAAAUAUUAACUCUGCAUUCUUCCGUCUAAUCGUUUAUAAUAAUCAAAAUACAUGUUAUUUAUUAUUUACAAAAUAUUUAACACGAUCAAAUGUAAAUAUGUUUUCUAUUUAAAAAGACAGAAUGCAACGGAAUUAAGUAUACACUGCAUUAAAAUUACAUCACUGCAUUGUUGUUGCGCAUAGAAAUCAAAUGAAAUAUGUAAAAGGACAUUUUCAUAUGUUAAGUAUAAUAUGUGCAUGAACAAUUUAUCUACUUGCAAAUACACAGUAUGCAAAUAUGGAAUGUAGUUAUAAAAAGAAGAAAAAUUUCAUGGGGUAUUAAACUGUUGAAAAUAUUAGUAAACGCUGUGAUUAUGAAAUUAAAGUUUCUUCAAGUUCUAUCAUUUUUGUAUAUAAAAUAUAAGAAGACAUAAGACUGUUAGUAAGUCUUAAAUCUGCUUCCAUUUAAUAUAAUUUCGAAGAUCAAAUUGUAUCAUAUUUAAUAGACUUGUGUUGUUUAAAUUUCACAUCAUUUAAACUUUAUUGCCAAAUGUUUUAAGGGUUUUAAAAUAGGAUAUUCAAAAGAAGGAAAUAACAAAAGAACUACAAAUUAGAAGCAAUAAUCGACUUGUAAAAUACUACCAUAUAAUGUCUAUUUACAUCUUCAAAAAUACUUUUUAAUCAAUUUUUAUACCUAGGCGAAAGGAAAUUAUAGAAAGUUCCAAAAUUUUUAUUAAUUACAGAAAAUGUAAUAAUUUAUGGUUGAAGAAAUAUUUGUAAAUAUAAAAUUGUUUCCAAAUUUGCAGUUUUGUAUGUUUAAAACUUUGCAAACAGAAUUAUACACACUAUUAUACAAUUUAUUUACAUUGCAAUUAUUAUUAUUUCUUUUGAUCUUAAUGUGUUUGACCUUUUUAAAAUUAAACAAUUUUUCUGUUCAAAAUCUUAUAUUUUUUAAUAAUUUUCAUUGCAUUAUAUAUAUACAUAUAUAUAUAUAGAACAAAAAUAAUUUAUAUUUUUUUAGAUGCGUAUUAGACUACAUAAAUAUAAAUUUUAAAUUGCAUGUGUAUAUACCUACAGAUUGUGUAAUUUUAUAAUACAUGAGAUUGGUUGUCCUAAUCUGUUUGAUCAGAAAUCUUUAUGAACAAGUAGAACCAAUGUUCCUGGAUGUUUAAUAUUAAUGUUAUAAACUGAGUAUACGCUUUGAACAAAAAACCUAAAAUACAAACAAACAUAUUUUGUAUUUAGAAUAUGAUGAUCAUAUUUUUGUUAAAUAAUCGUUUGAUAAUGAGAAAUAUAUACAAGGUCUAUUUAAAUCCAUUUUUACAGAGUAAAUUGUAGCAUUAAUGUACUGAAGUACAUUAAAUAUCUUGUGUUUGUGAUAAAUGAAAAACAAUAUUCUUUGUAUUUCUUAUAUUGGUUCUACAAUUACAAAAAUUAUUAUGUCGAAAUUUUACCACAACUAAACAUUUUAUACUAUUUUUAAAACUUCUAUCGUACAUUUGAGCAAAUACAUAUUUUUCGUUUUAUUUAUUAAAAAAGGAAGCAGAUACUUAAAACUACUCAUUGAUAUUACUUGGACAAUAUUGUUAUUAUUGAUAUAUUAUGUAAUACAAUUCUGCAUUGAAUUAAUAAUAGUAAUAUUCAUUGUAUAUACAAACAUAUAAUAUACCACAGUUAUUAUACAUAUGUAGUAUUUAAAUGAAAUGCUGCAUAUACAUUAUGCAUACGUAGAUAAAAAUAUUUUAAACUGAAAAGGUGUUUCUAUGUUGUACUAAACGGUAUUAACAACUGCUUAUAAUGUGUCAUAAAGUGAACAAUAUUUUUGUAAACAUUUUUCCAUAUCUCUCUAGACUUUUUAACCAUAUUAAAUUGGUCUGAAUUGUACUUUAAUAUAUAAAGUACGAAAAUUUGUAUAUUCAUAAUAAAUUAUUCAUGAAAUAAAUUUUUGGAGUUAAUUAUUUAUUGGUUACUUAUGCGUGCAAGUAAUGUAUCAUAAUAUAAUUUAAUUUGAAUAUACAUUUAAAAUUUUUCCUUUAUCCUUCUUUAACUGUAAACAUCCAUAUUGAAGAGAUAAAAACUUUCUUUAGAGUUAUAAUGCUUUAAUGCAAGAUAGUAGGUAGAUUUAAUAAACAAGUCCAUAUGACAGAACGUGACACGUGCUUUCAAAUAAAGUAAUGUAAACAUGUUAGGUUCAUAAUAUGAAACUAUGUCAUUUUUUCUUCAUGAAGACAUUUAUUAAAAAAAUAAAAAUGUGUUUGAAAUUCGUGUAGAAAAUAAUAUUUUGAAAGAAAAUACAAAGAAAUUGAAAAAUAUAAUUUUAAAUAAUUACGCUAAUAUUAUUGGAUGUACUGUUUAAAUAUGGUAAAGUUUAUUUAAUAACAUCACAGAUACAAUAAUUAUGUACACAAAUAUCUGAUGAAGUGUUAGUUCAAUGACUGAACACUUUCAGCUAUCCCAUUGUCAAUGUAAGCACUGAAGUACUAAGUUUCAAAUAAAGGUGCUCCGUAAGGGCGGACAUUUGAAAGUUUCGAAAUAGAAACUUCAAUUUUCCAAAAUCGUAUUUUCGUCCAGAAUUAGGGCAUAUUCUAGACAAACAUGCUGAUGCUGGUAUUACAAUUUCGCUAAUUAUCGAUACACAAUUAGCAUUCAUCCAUAUUAUCCCAAUCAUAUUACAUAUUGUCUUCCAGUGAGGACAGUUUAUCGAAUACGUAAAGUUUCAUAUGAGUUUCAUGCCUCUGUGGAGGAGCAUCAGAAUCUGAUUUUACCAUCUGCGAGGCACAUGGAGGAUCUAUGUUACGGGGUAAUAUGGUAUGAUCGAGCUCCUUUAGAGGUAAUGUUACUUCUCUGAAAGAGUCUGUAGGUGAAGGAGGAAGCACCACUUUUUCAGGAGCAUUCUGAAUGAAUAUUACUCUAAAACAUAUUAUCCAUUAAUAUAAGUUACAAAAUACAGAGACUAUAAUUAUGACAUAGUAUAUUAUCUCAUUAAGAUUGUGCCACUAUAGAUGAUUUACCUGUUAAAUGCUCGCCAUUUUCUAUAUAGUAUAAUGUAUGUUUUGCAUUGAAUAAAUAUA